AAUAUUUAUAAGAAAUUAUCUUUCAUGGCAAAUAUUACUAUAGCUUUCUCCCCUUCACAAUUAUGUCUAUGCCAAAUUGGAAGCAAAAGAAGUAUUCAAGUUUCAUGCAGAAGCUCUAACAAAUGGGAUGUUCAAGAAGAUCUUUUUAAAGAAACUUCUCAUCUUCAAACGAGCUACUAUUACGAUGGAUUCAAUAGUACCAAAUUUGGACUACUUGUGAAGGAUGUAAAGUAUGCACUAGGGACACAAAUAAAUAGUACUAACAAUCUUGUUUUAGUGGAUGCACUUCAACGUAUGGGAGUUGAACACCAUUUUCAACAAGAGAUUCAAUCAAUUUUACAAAAGGAAUAUGAGCAAAGUGCUUGUUUUUACAAAUAUCAAAACCAUCAUGAUAUUUCACUUUGUUUCAGACUUUUGAGACAAGAAGGUUACCACGUGUCAGCAGAUGUAUUUAAAAGAUUCAAGAACAAUGAUGAUGGGACAUUUGGAUUAAACCUUAGCCAAGAUGUAAAUGGAUUAAUUGAUCUAUAUGAAGCAUCACAACUUGGUGUAGAAGGUGAACACAUACUUGAUGAAGUUGCAAAUUAUAGUGGUGAGCACCUAAAUGCAUGUCUUGCAAAUAGUGACUCAUGUGAUGAAGCUAGAAUUAUUAAAGAAACAUUGAAGUAUCCAUACCAUAAGAGUUUAGCAAGUUGCAAGGCCAAAAGCUUCAUCAAUAACUUUAAGGGAAUUAAUGGAUGGGGAAGAAGCACCUUACAAGAAUUGGCAAAUAUGGACUACUCCAUAACAAAAGAGAUACAUCAACAUGAAUUGGCUCAAGUUUCCAGGUGGUGGAAAAGUCUCGGUUUAGCUGAAGAAUUGAAGCUUUUGAGAGAUCAACCAUUAAAAUGGUAUACUUGGUCAAUGGCAGUCCUUCAAGAUCCAAGAAUGUCACAACAAAGAAUUGAACUAGCAAAAUGCAUCUCUUUUGUUUAUGUCAUUGAUGAUAUCUUUGAUGUUUAUGGGACUAUUGAAGAGUUAACCCUUUUCACUCAAGCCGUCAAUAGGUGGGAAUUGAGCGCCAUGGUGGACCUACCAGAAUACAUGAGAUCACCUUACAAGGCUCUUUAUAAUACAAUUAAUUCCGUUGGCUAUAAUAUCUACAAAAUCUAUGGACAAAACCCCACUCAAAAUCUACGGAAUACGUGGGGAAAUUUGUGCAAUGCAUUUCUAAAAGAAGCAAAAUGGUUUGCUUCUGGAGUGGUGCCAUCAACAAAUGAGUACCUAAAGAAUGGACUUGUUAGUUCGGGAGUUCAAGCAGUCUUAGUUCACAUGUUCUAUCUCUUAGGUCUUGGUGUUAGUUCUAUUCAUUUGGAAGAUGUAUCAGCCAUAUCUUCUUCUGUGGCUACGAUUCUUCGCCUUUGGGAUGAUCUUGGAAGUGCCAAGGAUGAGGAUCAAGAAGGAAAAGAUGGUUCAUACAUAGAAUGUUACAUGAAGGAAAACAAAGAUACUUCCAUUGAAUUGGCAAGAGAACAUGUGAUUAAUCUAAUAGAAGAUGAAUGGAAGAAACUCAACAAGGAACAUUUACAUCUAAUGAGUCCAUCUUCAAGAUCAUUUUCAAAAGCUUCACUUAAUUCUGCAAGAAUGGUUCCUCUUAUGUAUAGUUAUGAUGAUAACCAAUCCCUUCCUAUCCUUCAAGAAUAUAUCAAGUCUAUGUUGUAUGGUGAUUUAUCAAUGUGAACUACCUUUCCAUGAACUUCCUUCUCGCCCUUGAUUACAAAGCACCACAAUCUAAAAUUGUCAAAAGAAAUUGAACAUGAUUGUUGCAACUGUUCAUUCCUUAAUUUUACAAUCAUUGAUAU